GCUCCGCGGGCGCGGGAGCUGCCGGCGCGGCCGCGGGAGGCGGCGGGAUGUUUCCGCGCCCCGGUGGAGGGAAGGCGGGCAGGCAGCCCACGGCAUGGCCCCGGCUCCCCGCGCCCUUGCCUGCACACCGGCCCGCGGGGCGGCGCCGAGCGGGACGGACGGCGCCCGCCGGGUCUGGGGCCGGGGCCGGUGUUGGUGCCGGUACCGCGGCGGCAGCAUGGAACAGGGCGGCCGCCGCCGGGCCUUCGGCAGCAUCUGUCCCAACAGGGUCCAGGGGCCGCCUGUUCGCCUCGCCAAGAAGCCGGCCCGGCCCGACGGAGGGGCGGCGGGGACCCCCCGGGCCGCCUUGAGUCCCCGGGCGCCCCCGCCGCGGCCGCGCCGCAGCGGCGCCGCGCCAGCCCCCGCCGCACCUGCCCUCGCGGUCACCACCAUCGACUGGCAGGAUCUGGCAGCCUGUGCCCCCACCCUUUCAACUGCCCCGGCCAGCCCUGUGAUCGAGCAGCAGGAUCCCUGCUUCCAGGAUGGACCAGAGUUUCUCCAGUUCAGAGAUGCUGUUGAUGAUUUUAUAUCUGAAGCAUCCACCUUAAUGCCACCUCCACUGGACUACACCGACUUUGAUUUCUCACUUGGUGAGGAGGUGGCCUUUGCUCCCUGCACUGCGCAGCUGGAGAGCAGCACACUGGUGCAGAUGCCCCCGCAGCGCCUGCCUUCCCCUGAGCAGUGCUGGAGGGACCUGAUGGACCAGCACCAGAAAGCACUGGGAGAUGCCCUGGAGGCAGACAGCCAGCUGCAGGAGACCCUCACGCAGAAGCAGGAGGAGCUGGUGACGCUGCAGGAGAGCAAUGUGCAGCUGAAGGAGUUGGCGAUCCAGGCCAGGCAGCUGGCUGCAAUCCUUGAUACACUGACGCUCCCGCAGUGCAACGACGAGGCGGCCCUUCCUCCUCCUCUUCAUCCUCCGCCCACUCCUCCCGCCACCGCCCCUGCCCCAGCCGGGGUCCGGCGCGGGCGCGGGCGGCCGGAGCCGUGGAAGGAAGCGGCGGGCGUGGAUGCCAUGCUGCGGGAGGUGUCGGAGAAGUGCCGCGCCGCCCUCCGCCUCCUGAGAGGCAGCCCGGGGAGCAGCCCGGGGGGCAGCCCCACGGCCAAGCGCCCGCGGCCGGCCCCGCGCCUGCACGGCGCUUUCCGCGGGCUGCGCACCGGCCGCACCGCCCCGCGCCCGGACGGCGUGGGGGUGGAGUGGGACGGCAGCAUGCGGGCGGCCCUGGGGGAGGCGGGCAGCAUCCGCACCCUGGCCUUCCCGCAGGGCAACGCCUUCACCCUCCGCACCGCCGCCGGCGGGUACCGCUUCCGCUGGGUGCCGCGCUGAGAGCCCCCGGACCCCUGACGCCCCGGCCACGCGUGCUCCGGACAAGGCGGAGCGGGGUCUGCUGCAACGGGACGCCGGGCGGGGCACCCCGACCGGCCACACGCUUCCCCUUUUCUCCUUGAAAACGGGUAUUCGCGCUUUUUCCCCGUCGCUGGGGGCCAGAGAAGAGAAAGGAGAAGCGCGGCGGAGGCGGCAGGGAGGACAGCCAGCCAGCCUCGGGCACUACCGCUGUCGCCAGGCUUCACACAGAGCUGUGGUGGUUUCCGAGUCGGCAGCUCACCCUCAGUAGUUUGCUAAUGAAUCUAAUGAGUGUAGAGAUUAAAUGAAGAUCUGCCCGGUUUUAUCCGCUGACUUUACUCAGCUGAGCAAAAAAAUUGGACUUACAAAAUAGCAGUGGUGGUUGGCCGGCUUGAAAAUGGACAGACCAUCCCAAAGGGUUUGAACAUGAUACACCUCCCCCAUAACUGAAUUUUACAGGCAAAAUGUUUACAAAUUGCACUUGUGUCAUUCAUGUGUGUAGCUGUAGGUGUGUAUUUGCACUUGGUGUCAUGGAUGAUUAAAUAGUUCUUAAAAUCGCCAUUUAUUUGGACUGAUUUAAUGUAAACACAAUGUUUAGCAUCAGGCAUGCAUAUUUACUUUCAUUACAGAAUGAAUUAGAGCAAAGAUAACAGAAAACUGAGCGUUUACAGGUUGACUUUGCUGAACAUGCUGAAGCAGACAAUUUUAGAAUAAAGCAUGUUAUGUCAAGUAAAGAGAAGCAUGAAUGACAUGAAAUUGUUCUGAAUGGAUACAUUUCACUUGCACACACUGAUUUGCAAGCUGAGCCACUGACAGCACUUGUGAAAUGAUACCUGAAGUUUCUUCUUCUGUGGCACAUAAAUUAAUGAAGGCACUGUGCUGCACUCAGGGUAGAGAUUCUCUGUGAAGCUAACUGUUUUUCAAUAUUCAGAUUUUUCAGUAUUCUUGCAUGGGUCUAUGCACAUUAACAGCAAUUCAAAUGUGACAGGCUUGUGUGAUGGCUAAGAUGAUGGCACCAUCUCAGUGACAGGUUUCUCCGGGGAGCUGCAGCCCUGCAGGUAGUGCUGUGCUUUUGGCAAACAGAGACUGUAUUAGGAACGAGAAUGGUUGUCGACAGCAGGAUGUGUAGUUAUGUGGCUCUGAGGAGACUGCAAAGGUGGUCCUUCAGUAUCUGUGUGCCUUCCUAUCUGUGGUCCCGUGUGUCUGCGGCACCAGCAUUUUCUAGCGGGGAGGUGCUGAAGCCCUGUUUGGGACACUGAGGGCUCAGCCCUGUGACAACACCAGAGCAGUUCAUAUUUCAGGAGAAGGCCAUUGCCACCCUGGUCAAAAUGCUGUGUGAAAACUCUGGUUCUGCAGCAGCCAGGAGAGAUAAAACCUGUCUGGCUGCACUGAAUUCAGGAGGGAAAAAGCUGGUAACACAAGGCAUCUUGUAUAGAUAUCUACAAUUCCUCUCCAUGUAUUUUAUGAAGGAAAAAACAAAACAUGUUGUAUGUACAACUUUAUAAUGCUCAUCAGCAUAUUAAUUUCUCAGAAAUAAAGUGACACAUGAAAACUGUAAACUUCUCAUAGGAUGCAACAAUAAAAUAAUCACUCUGUUUG